GGACUGGCUAACAUCCGAUGUUUAGUUUAGUUUCAUCUUCCCCAGAGCCUCUUUGAGCAGGAUCCCGGCUGGAGAAGAAGCUUGCACUGACCAAGGCUCUCACCAGAAGAGGACCUGAGGAUGGCAGUCCCAACCGUGGUGACGAUCCAGCCGCAGUACGGCGGGUCCUCCGUCCAGAGAUGCGCGUGGCAGACAGGGCUGAUGGACUGCUGCGCCGACUGUGGUGUCUGCUGCUGCGGGUUGUUCUGCUUUCCCUGCCUGGCGUGCCAGGUGGCCGGGGACAUGAAUGAGUGCUGCCUGUGUGGGACCAGCGUGGCCAUGAGGACCCUGUACCGCACCAGAUACAACAUCCCGGGGUCCAUUUGCUCCGACUUCUGUAUCACCCUGUGGUGCACCACGUGCUCUGUUUGCCAAAUAAAGAGAGACAUCAACCGCAGGAGGGAGCUUGGCAUAUUCUGAUGCUGCCGUCCUCGGAACCGCUGCAGGCAGGAGUCACUAUGCCCCGUUGGAAAUGCACCAUGUGGAGCUUGCCUUGAUUGCAUUUGAUUUUCCCUAAAUAACUGCAGAAAUAAAGUUUUGAGUUUGUCUUCCUA